CACGCAAGUGUUACGCGAUUAUAAAAGUUUCUGUAUAAUUUAUACAAUUCUGUUUAGUAGUCAGAGGUUUGGGGUUUUAUUUAUUUCAGAGUUUUGUUGUAAACGUGGAAAACGCUUAGUAAUUAAUAGAAGAGUAAUUACACAAAAAAAACGGUCACUUCCUCUUACGCAGUCAUUUGAAUAAUCAACCGAGUAUUCUCAAAAUAAAAACGUGAAGUAUCAUAUAGUUGAUUACCAUCAAACGGCUUAGAUUUAGAAGAUUUCGCUAGUGGAUCAUGGAUGUCAUUAACAAAUUAUACUCAUCGGUAACGCAAACUGUAUCGCAGAUAUCAACAGUGCUAAUAGGAAAUCUUGUAAUUAGAGAGUAUGAUGUUACUGAGCAUAUAGCCAGUGCAGGCAAAGGAAAGUACAUUAUAUUAGUACUUCGCAUAAUAUGAAAUAAUAACUUGUCUUCCAGGUUGUAUGUGGAAAAUUUUUUCAGGAUCGAAGAAAACAACCAGAGAAGAAGUGUCCAUUUUUGUUUUAGAAAAGAAGCUAUUUGAACAAUAUUCCAAGGAGGAUCGAGACGAGAUAUUUCAUAAAAUAAGAGGGGGAGUUACUCAACUCACUAAAAUUCGACAUCCACAGGUGUUGACUGUGCAACAUCCACUUGAAGAAUCUCGUGAAAGUUUUGCAUUUGCGACAGAGCCUAUUUUUGCUAGUUUGGCAAAUAUUCUAGGAGAUGCCACAAAUAUGCCCAAGAAAAUGCUUUCAAAAUUCAUUGAUUUUAAUUUGUGUGGAACUGAAAUUAAGUUUGGUCUACUGCAAAUCUUCGAAGGAAUGCACUUCAUUCAUAAUGAAGCAAAACUCGUUCAUAGAAACAUAAGCCCUCAUAGUAUUGUUUUGAAUAAACACGGCAUUUGGAAAGUUUACGGAUUUGAUUAUUCCAUGAGUAGCUUGAAUACGCAGUGCUAUUUAAACAUUCAUGCAAAUAAAUUGAUUUCUCCAAGUCUAGAAUAUACAGCUCCAGAAUGUGUAUUGGAUAAUAUUUUGACAAUUCACGCAGACCUAUACUCUUUAGGAAUGCUCAUAUGUGCCAUAUAUGCAAAAACAUGCUACCCGUUUGAAGCGUUCACGGAAAAUUUUAGGACCUUUGACGAGUAUACUUCAAUUUCACGUUUCUCGCAGCACCCAUGUAUUCAAAAUAUACCUCAGGACAUCCGCUGCACCGUUUUAUCUAUGCUAGGAUAUCAUCCAGACAGACGAACAAAUUUGUCUCUACUAAUGAAGAUGCCUUUUUUCGACGAUGUAACUGUGAGGAAUCUUAUUUAUCUUCAUUCACUCUGCGGAAGAGAUAAUUUAGAAAAAGUGAAGUUUUUCAAAGGAUUGCCGCAAACCAUUGAGCUACUACCAUUACGUGUUAAUCUUAAUACAGUGUUACCUUGUAUUGUAAAAGAGUUUGUACACCCAACAAUGAUACCAUUCGUGCUGCCGAAUAUAUUCCUGAUUUCAGAAAAUUGUUCUCAAGUUGAAUUUGAGAAACAUGUAUUCGUGCACUUGAAACACAUUAUGUGCCUUCAGGAACCGAAAGAGAUCUUUUUAAUUAUCAUGCAAAACAUUGAGAUACUAUUGAAACUAACUUCAACUGUUGAUAUUAAACAAUACAUUCUACCGAUGAUUUACAAAGCACUUGAAUCAAGCUUCAGACAGGUACAGGAACUUUGCUUGGUUGUUAUUCCUUCUUUUGGUAACAUCUUCGAUUACCCGUCUAUCAAAAGUAUUCUAUUUCCAAGAAUAAAAAAGCUUUGUACCAAUACAGAAGUUGUUUCAGUGCGAGUAAAUUGUUUAUUAUGUAUUGGACAGUUAUUACCACAUUUAGACAAGUGGAUAGUUCUAGAUGAAGUACUAAAAUUUCUGCCAACAAUUACAUCCCGUGAACCAGCCGUAAUUAUGGCAAUUGCAGGAAUCUACAAGAUAUCGUCGAACCAUGAGCUACUUGGUAUUCCAAAAGAGGUUAUUGCCAACGAAGUGUUGCCGUUUCUCUGGCCUCUAUCGAUUGUAGACGGCUUAACGCUGGAGCAGUAUAAUUCCCUAGUUGUUCUUAUAAAGGACCUAAGUAAAAGAGUUGAAAUGGAACAUACUAGGAAAUUCGAGCAGUUUGGCACUGAUACAAAUAAUCAAAUGAACUUCACCCAUUCCACGCCGACAAAUUUAGAAAAAUACACGUUAAUAGAGUCACCAAGAAGUGAAGUUUCGAAUAGUUUCGGUAAAAAAAGUGAAAUUCGGCACCAACACAAUGAGAAAGUGGCUCAUCCAAAUUCAACUUCUUUAGCAACGAACAUUAUGUUUGGUCCUAUUCAGUCACCGAGUUCAAAAUCCUCAAUACGUGGACUGGAACCGUACUCAGAGACCAAGCUUACAUUCACUCCGCAAAACUUUACAACACUGUUGCAGCCGAACCGUGAUAUAAGAAAAGAUUAUGUCGACGUAGUUAAAUAUGAUUUUAUUUUGCGUUUUGUCGAUAUUAGCUUAAACUUCACUAUAACCAAAGAGAGAAUAUUGAUAACACAAGCAAGAAACAGUGGUCGGUUUCAUAUUCUGAUAGGACAUGAAAUUCAUCAGGUGACUAUAUUUGAUGAUAGUUUAAAGCUAUCCUUUAUUGCUACUAUUGAUGACACCAGUGAUGUAGUGAGUGAAUUUGCGAUUGAAGAGUUAUACACACAUGAAAAUAUAAGCGUUUUGAUAGUGUGUCUAUAUAUGGAUGAUAGGUUUCAAAUAUACCAAAUAUCAAAUAAUGGAAAAGGGAAUAACGAACCGAUAAAACCAGUUCAGAAAAUUCGACGGCCAGGUCAAUCUACAAAAACUUUUCUGGUGCAUUAUAUGUCUAAUAUGUAUUUAGUUGCUGGUUAUCUGGAAUCUGAUAUUGGUAAAGUUGCUGUAUAUCGAUGGAUGGAUUACUAUUUCUCGAUUGAGGAUGUAAAGGAAGUUUCGAACCAUAUAGACUUGAUUGUUUAUAAUUCCAAACAACUAGUGAUACUUGUUUUGCAGUUAGCAGAGCAUCUGGAACGUUCAAUAAGUCAUAUAUAUGUUUUAAAUGAUCAACGAAAGAUGAUUAAAACACAAGAGAUGUAUUUUCUGUUCAACCGUCUACCACACUACAUUUAUAAUAAUGAAUUCUAUGUUUUACGUUGUCUCGCUUCUGAUAAGUGUUUCUUGUAUAAAUGGAACAAUGAGAAUUUGUUCAUACGAGUUAGCAAAACCAGUUUAAAUCCACGAUUUGUAAGCUUUAUAGGUUUUGGCUAUAAUGUGACAGUGAUUUUAAGCCAACAGAGGUUAUCAUUUUUUUUUCAUCAGCCUUUAUUAAAAGCACCUUCAUACUUCGCCCUAAUCAGUGAAGAACAGACUGUCACGCAACAAACUCUUCUUAUUGAUGAAAGUGUUGAACAAUUAUAUGUGUACAAAGAACAAGCUAAUAGUAAAAUGUAUUUGUGUUUGUUCUUCAGUAGUGGUAAUACAAUGAUGAAAUUUUUGGAACUUCAAGUGGUCAAUGACGAAGAUAUAGUUGAACCCAAAGGAGAACAAGCUGUUUUUGCUAUUCAGAAUUCAUGCCUGGCGAGGAUAAAAAAUAAUAUUAAUAUAUGGAAACGUUGGAUUGAUAUCAUACAAUUUCAAGGUGGUAAAUUUUCUCAUAUUUGUUGUAAGUCAGUUCAUCGUAAAGAAAUAACAGCAAGAAUCAUUUACUUACCUGAAUCUGAUACAUCGACGCAUAUAAUUGUUUCUGCCAAUUUGGAAAAUCGCUCAACUUUAAUAUUGCGAAAGUGGCUGUCGGUUAGAGAUAGAGCAACGGCUCUUCUUGUUCGUACUAAGGAUUUAUUUCAUUUAGAUCAAGUGAAUUUAAUCAAAUCCAACCUUACACUAGAAAGCAAUCUGAGUACGAGUUUCGCAAGGAUACGAAACGUUAUGAUUCAGGUAUUUAAUCGACAAGAAAAACUCAGUAAUAAAGUUAUGUUAAAUACUAUUAACGCGAAAGAAAUAUUAUGCAAAAGAAAAAUUUUCAUAGAUUGUCUUUAUAAAAGCAAGCUGAAUCGAAUAACAGUUCCAGUUUAUGUUCAAAAUGUCUAUAUGUCAGUCGUUAAUUUGAUAAUGAACACAAUAAAUAAUAUAGCUUUGACACCUCAAAUUCGUUUAUUGAAUGACAUGACAACGGAAGGACACAAUCAUGUCUCAUCAGUACUAGCAAACAUCGUGAAUGUGUCAUUUUUAAAUGGUAAAGCAUUCGAAAAAGUUAUGAUUCAUUCUGAAAAUAUGAUUGCUUCAUCGAAUCGAAGUUGUCAGAGAAGUUUGGAUGGUACCCGAUCAACAGGAAAUCUAUUUGUUGUUAAAAAUAUAAACCGAAUGGAUGUGUCAAAUGUGUUAGCUGAACUAUGUCAUGACAGAGAACAAUUAGAUGUUGUUGGAAACAUGCAUUUACAAACAGCUGGUCAUAUUAUAAACAUAAAAAGUUUCUGUUUGAAUCACGAGGAAUCUAGUAAUAUUUUUAAUUUGAAAAUGAAUCAAACGAUUUCUUCCAAUAUUAAGAUGCAAAAAAUUUAUGUCAAGCUUCUAAAUACAAACCACAUAAAUAAAUUGAUUAUCGCUAGUGACAUUGUUCUGGCUGAAACCACAGAGUUUAUAAAAGCCUUGCACUUAUCAACUUUUGUAGUAACAGAGACUUUCGAAUUAUUAGCGAAAGGUCAGCAUUUCGCCAAACACGUGCUGGGAUCCGAGUUCGAAGAUUAUUCGCAACUAUAUAAUGGAUUGGUAUUAUUGAGAGGAUCCCUAAAAAUUAAAAGAAUGUGCAUUAAACAUAAUUCAAAAAUAUACAUUGAGAUAAUGAGGCAAUUGGUAGAUUUUGAAAUUCAUAAAUAUUUCAUUGCUAAACUUCAAACUCAGGAUUCCAAGCAAAACGAAUGUUGAGUAUCGAAUCGCGUAAUUUCAUAACGCAUAUGAAUGUAGCAGUCAAAGCAUCGGUAAUAUCUUCAAACGUAAUAGGAUACUCCGAUCCAUACAUUAUAGAGAUUAUGAAACCUACUUAUAUCAAAUUAGUUACUCAAUUCACAGU